UAAGAAGGUAAACAGUUCUUACAGACACUCCUGCAGCAGAUCACAUGCAUUCUAGCUGGUAUAGAAUUCCUGUCGGUGAAAGAAAAUAUUAACAUGGGAAAAUACAAUCAAUCUUCUGUGACAGAAUUUGUCCUGCUGGGGCUUACAGGUUACCCAGAGCUUGAGGCCAUUUACUUUGUGCUGGUCCUUUGCAUGUAUCUGAUGAUCCUGUUGGGAAAUGGAGUCAUCAUCACUGUUAGUGUCUGUGACUCCCACUUGCACACCCCCAUGUACUUUUUCCUCAGUAACUUGUCAUUCUUGGACAUCUGCUACACUAGUUCUUCUAUUCCCUUAUUUCUCAGCAGCUUCUUAACUUCAAAGAAAACCAUCUCCUUCUCUGGAUGUGGAGUGCAAAUGUUUCUCUCCUUUGCUAUGGGAGCCACAGAGUGUGUCCUUUUAAGUAUGAUGGCAUUUGAUCGCUAUGUGGCCAUCUGUAACCCUCUGAGAUACCCCAUCGUUAUGAGCAAGACUUCUUAUGUGCCCAUGGCUGCUGGGUCCUGGAUCGCAGGGGCUGUCAAUUCUGUGUUGCAGACUUCGCUUGCAAUGAAGCUUCCUUUCUGUGGUGAUAAUGUCAUUAAUCAUUUUACUUGUGAAAUCUUGGCGGUCUUAAAAUUGGCCUGUGCUGAUAUAUCCAUUAAUAUUAUUAGCAUGGUUGUUGCUAAUGUGAUUUUUCUUGUGGCCCCAGUACUUUUUAUUUUUAUAUCAUAUGUUUUCAUUCUCUCCACCAUCCUGAGGAUUCCUUCUGCAGAGGGAAAACAGAAGGCCUUUUCCACGUGCUCCGCCCACCUAACAGUGGUUAUUAUAUUCUAUGGGACCAUCCUCUUCCUGUAUGCAAAACCCAAGGCUAAAGACUCUUCAGGGGCUGACAAAGAACAAGUCACAGACAAAAUCAUUUCACUCUUCUAUGGAGUGGUAACACCCAUGCUCAAUCCCCUCAUCUAUAGUUUGAGGAACAAAGAUGUGAAGGCAGCUGUGAAGAAUAUACUGUGUCGCAAACCUUUUUUGCAAGGAAUGUAAAUGCUACUCUAUUUUUUUAUUGUUUUACUCUAAAUGCAAGGGUAGUUUUUACUUGGUGGUUCGAAAAUAAAUAUAAGGACUAGUGGUGCCACUAAUUUUUCAAAUUCUUAAUUUUUUGUGCCUGAUAUUUAAAUGAAAGAGAAAUGUAGGGAUAACCUUUUCCCUUCACAAUAGGUUGAAGAAGAGGAGAGACAGAAAUUUAUGAAUAAAAAAUUCUCAUCCAAAUCUCCCUCUUUCUCAUGGAUAAUGAAGUUUAGUUUAACUCUGAAAUGAUGAGUUCUAUAAUCUUAUGUAAAGGGAAAUAACAUUUUAAUAACUUAAUCUCUUCUAUGUGAAUCAGUUUUAUAGUCACGUCAUUCUUAGAAAAUCUAGUAGGAAGGGUCUUGUUAAGGGUCAGAGUACUAUAUAAAUUCAAAAUAAAGUGACCCAUAAUGAGAUAGAUAUGGUCAUAUAGAGGGGAUGGAGGAACACUUGGGUAUUGGGUACCUUGACUGGACAUAUGUCAUUUUCAUUGAAAAAUAUGAAGCUAUAUCCCCUAGGUCUGAUUUCCUUUUGGUUACUAUCUGGCAAGCACCCCACCUACCAUGAAAAGACACCUGGGGCAAUGUCACCUUUUGUUUAUCCAGCUGACAGUGAGUUUUGGUCUAUCUUGUGUUUAAGUCAGUGAGCAGUGGUAUCUUCAAAUAAGAAAUAUUGUUAUUAUCUUUUAACAUUGUUAUUGUUUAAUGGCUGAAAAAUUAGUUUCUAAAGAAUUUGACAAGGUUCUCUAAGAACACAAUAGUAAUUUACUAAUGAUAAUUUAGUAUAGUUUAACAAAUUAGCUAUUUCUGCAGUUACAUGAAUUUCCUGUAGAAUAGGAGCUUUCCUUUCAUUCAUUCAGUUAUUUGUUACUUAUUUAAUCAACAAGUAUUUAUUGAUACCUGUAUUGUCUCAGGCACUGUUCUAACUAUUGAAAAAAAUAACACAACUAAACAACCUGGAAAAACAAAAAUACAGAACAUGAGGAAGACUUUUUUUUGUUUUUGUUUUUUGGAAUAUAGACUAACAUUAAUUAGGGACAAAAAUAUAAAAAAAAAAUUACUUCUCCCCAGUUGGUCUUGGGUCUUGGUUGGGCUGAGCAGAGUAAUGGGUAGACUUGGAGCGAUUAAUUAAUUAAUUUAUCAAACCCAUUGAGUUACACUCCCAGCCCUACUGGGAGUAAUUUAAACGUGGUCAUAUGCUAUCUUCAUAUGAAAGUAUUUGAACCAUCUUUGAGAAAGAAAGAAAGGGGUUCAGUGAGAAAGAGGGGGCAGUGGAGUAAGGAAGAAAGCAGUGCAUACUAGAGAUUUCAAAGACAGAGAAUGAGAUACUGCAAAAAUGGAAUUAGGGAAAAAGGAAAAUAACAACUAAAUAGAAUUUUGGGGAAGUUUAGAUGCUGGUUUUGUGUGGCACUACCUCAUUGAGUCUUAGUAAUCUCAAUAAAGAUGAACAAUAUUCUUUAAGACAUUUUGUGAUGGAUUCAGUUUCUUUUUGCAGUUUUAACAUUCUAAGACUGGCUAUAGAUGAGCAUAAUUUGGGUAUGUAACAGACUUAAGGGGUGAUGGUGGUGGUGGUGGAGAUUCUCAACUACAGUGUAGCAUGUGAAGAGUUUUUGAAGGGAGUAUGUAAAAUUUCCCUUGAAGUGGGGGUGGUGUCCCAGGAAGGAAAGGGCGACUUAUGCUUAGCUGAGUUGGGAAAUAUCUCAAAAGACAUUUCAGAAGGACAAGAACGUAAAAGAGAAAUUGUUAUAAAGCAUCAGAACAGUUGUUUUGCCUCAUAUGCAUGCUGACAUUUCUCUGAAGGAGAAUUAAUACGUUGAUUCUGAAUUUUGUUUUUGAAUCAGGAUUUUUCAUGUGCUGCAAACUGAAUUUCCUUCGAAAGAAACAUUUACUCCAAAGUAUUUUUAGAGUACAACAUUUUCUAAAAGGUCAACCUACAAUAUUUGGAAUUAUUUUAAAGAUUUUUAUUAAAUUUUGAAUAUGAGUUUGUAGUAACAUUGGGGCAAAAUACAAACCAAGAAGAGUGAUGAUAUAUUAAGCAACAAUAGCAUAUAUUGCACUUCAUUAGCCACCCAAAGUCAAGAUUUUAUGAAGAGAAAAUAUUUAGAAUAAAUUUACAUAUUUGCUUAUGAAUGAGAGUCAGUGAUUUUUAUAUAUAUAUAUAUAUUUUUUGCCAAUUGAUUAUCAGAGAAUAUUGUACACUUCUAUGCUUUUUGUCUUGCCCAGACCAGAUGACUUUUUCAGUUUGUUUUAGUCAGUCUUUUCUUACCUGUUUCCUCCUAUGUUUUAAGGUAAGCUGAUAUUUUACCAACAGUGUUUGGAAUUGUGAUUUUGGGGAUGGAAUGAUAUAUAAUAUCCACUUUUCUUAUUUCAAAUACCUGGACUUGUAUUUUUACUAUCCUUUUUCAAUUUUAAUUAAUUAGUUCAUUCAACAGUUAAUUACCGUCAACCAUUUAUUUAACUUGGCAUUGGACUUUAUAUAAUGAACACUUAGCCAUGGUUCUGACAUUGAGAUUUCAGAAGCUAACAAAUGGUUAUAGCAUAAAAGAAAAACCAUGGUAGUAAAGGUAAGGGUCAGAGCAGCACAGAGUAAGGAAUAACCAACUCGAGGGCAAUAUUAGAAGGCUUUGCAGAGAUUGUGACAUUCUACCUGUCCCUUCUGACAUUGCUAAGAUUUCACUAGGGAAGGAAAGUGACAAUACAGAGGAAAUAGCAUUUGUUAUUAUUGUCCUUAGGUGUGAAAGAACGUGGAGUAAUUAUAAAACUACAUGGUGAAUGAACACAGUAUGUGUGAAAGUAAUGGGAACAAACAUGGUCAUGAAAAGAAGAUGAAAUACCUAGCCAGAAACAUAAAUUGGAACUAGAUAAAGUCCCUGGGUAAAAUAUAAAAAUAAUGGUAAAUAAGUUAAUGUAUCAAAGAUUUUCCAAAUGGAAGAGGCCAACAAAUAUAAUUUGCUCAGAAGCCAUAUGUGUUGGAUUUUCUUGGAUAAGAUUAAUUUCACUUUUUUAAAUCUUGACCUUGUAAGUUUACUUGUUUGUACUACUUAGACAACUUAUUUCUACAUUUUGUGAGAUCAUUUUCAUAAAGUGAUGUAGUUAGAUUAAUACUAAAAUUUCUAACUCUAGCAUUGUUUCCACACAUAUCUUCCUUUCUUUGCUCUGCUUGUAUUUAAAAUUUUGCCUCAAAAUAUGUCAGCUUAUUUUAUUUAUGAACUCAAAGGUGUCAGUUUCUCAUCAUUUCUUCCAGCACCAGUGUCCACUCAUCAAUUUUCUUCAUAUAUUCAAGCACCUUAUUCCUUAGGUUACAGAUAAUAGAAUUGAACAUGAGGGUAACUACACAAUAGACCAAGUCUAUUAGUUUGUCUGAAAGAGAUUUUUGUAUGUUUGCUUCAUUUACAUAAAACAUAUUUCAUAAAACACAAUCUCCUCUCUCAUGUGGACUGAGCAUGCAGAAGAAACCUUUUUACUUCUUCCAGCUGAAUUGAUUUCAGUAUAGCAUGGGUGGUAAAAAUAUAGAAAGCAGAAAUUAGCAGUAAUGGAGUAACUGAAAACAUUCCAUUGCCCAACACAUACUAUCGUUCUAGGAAAUAUGUAUGCACACUACUUUCAUUAAAGAUACUAUUUCAGAAAAAUGAUCAAUGAAUGACAUUUCUUCCACAAAAGGACAUUUGUAAUGUUAGUACAUUUAUGCCAGUUUGUUGAAAAAGCCUAAUCCAUGAAGAAAAGCUGCCUUCUAAAUACAAGGACUCUUAUUUAUGAUGAUGGGAAAACUUAGAUAUUUGCUGAUGGACACAUAGAAGUCAUACGCCAUCACUGCCAGAAGCACAGUAUGAACCCCAUGAACUGGAAACAGACACUUACGUAUUACAUCCCGUGAAAGAGUCUUUUUCUCUGAUAAGAAGUUUAUCAGUAUUGCAGAGACAACAGGGAUGAAACCUAGAUGUUCAGAAAGGAGGGGUUAUAUACUUAGGUAGGAGGAAGUAGAAAACCUAGAUGCUGUUCCAGGGAAGGAUUAUAUGAUUCCAGUUACAUCACUAAACAUAUGACAGAAAAAAAAUUUUUAUUUAAUUCUGGGUAUUCAGAAAGACCUCACAGGAUGAACUCAAUUUCAAUCGUCCAAUUUUUUUUUCAUUUUAUUUUUCAAAUCCAGAGUAAUUCAGAAAAGGAAACAGUGUGUGAAUUAAAUGAGUGAUUCCAUAUCAUGUGAAUUGGUAAUUGAAGUAGGAGGUCAGUCCUACAACUAUGCUAUCACUACCUGGAACAGUGAUAAAAACAGAGAGAUUAGUUCAUGAGGUUCUCCUAACUUAUGAAGCAAUUGAGCUGCUUUUGUAGCUUGCUAAAUGUACAACUUCUGUAUUCUAUUUUCGGAGACUGUGAUGCAUGAGAUUUAAAGGAGGGAAGAACCCUUUGUAUUUUUAUUUUAUGCUUUUGUUGGUGCAUUUUAGUUAUAAAUAAUAGUGGGAUUUAUUGUAAUAUAUUUGUACAUGCACAUAACAUAAUUUGGUCAAUUUCACUUCCCAGUACCCCUUUUUUCCCUCUCACCUUCCAUUCCCUCAAUUACCUUCCUUUAUUAUCUGUUUUUGUUGAUUUGGUUGAUCCACAAAUUCCACUUUGAGAAUAAAUAUUUUAGAGAAGGCAGGUCUGCUGCAGUCUGGCUGGGCACAAAAUAACCAAGCCACCACAAAAGCCUUGUAGAUUCAAACAGCAACUCUUUAUUCCCGAACUCUCACCGGCACUCUACACGCACGUUCUGGGAAAAUACACUCCCUCCACUGGGCUCUGCAUACCAAUACUCUCAGAACCCCGCAAGAACUCAACGGGAACUCUAGGAGUGGGCGCCUGAGGCAGCAGGAUAUGCCCUAAUCCCAGCAGGAUCCGCCCUAAACCUGGAGCCACCCUAUUCCAGCAGGAUCCACCCUAAACCCAGAGCCACCCUAAUCCCUGAGCAGGGUCACCUUUCAACCCAAAAAUGCCAUGCGUCAUCCCUACUUGGCUAUGGCUCUCAGCAUCUCCCCCGUUCUGUUUAAAUAAACAACAAGCAAUGUGGCUUAGGGACCGUGCCUGUUAGGUUGUCCAAUUCAACAUAUGGUCCUUACCCGUCAUCGGAUGAGCUGACCUCUAGGCAUCAGCCUCCUGUCUUAGGUUGGUACCACUGCAGUUGGAUCAUACCCGUCACUGACUACCGGUCCAGCAUACAGCCAUACUUGUGGAUAGGCCUAUGCACCAGUGCGGGGGUGAGGUUCUUUGCCUCACCUCUGUUGGCCCCCAAAUUUGGCCUUGGUGCCAGUGGGGGGGUGAGGUUCUUUGCCUCACCUCUGUUGGCCCCCAAAUUUUAGACCAUCACUAGCAGAAGGGAGGAGGAUACAGAAAUGCCACGACACCAAGCCAUUGACGGCUCCUUUGGAAAAAUUGUAUCACUGGUGACACCAUCAGCAAAGAUAGGCCAGCACUACCACAAUUUGCUGCACCAACAGAUAGUUCACAAAGCAUACAAGUGAUACAUAGUCCAGGCAAGUUCUGCAAGCAGUUCAAAGCGGAGGAAUCUAUCAAUAUGUCCAUUUCCUCCCAAAGUAAAUCAACUCCUUGAUUGAGCAUUACUUGUUGAGUUAUUAUUCACUGAUGCAUCAGUUUAUACAGUUUACUGUGAUAACUAUCAUAGAAGCUGUAGUUUGGUUUUAUCUUUGUCUUCACCGGCACUGGGAUGAAGAUAGGAAUUCUGGCGAUGAUGCUAAAACGAAAUUAUGUAACAUUCCAACAGGUACUAAGAAAACAAUUUUCUGAACAAUUUACAUUAUCCUGAACAGAAUUAUUAAAUAUAAUGAAAAGGAAAGGUGAAAGUAAACAAACAGAUCUGUUAACCUCCUUAUUUGUACACAUAUUAAAACAAUCCUCAACAGCUGUUUACCCAAUUUAAAUUAAACCAUUAAAAUCAUGUGAAAUAAAAAAUAUUCGGAUCCAUUUUUCAUGAGCGCUCCUCAUAUAUGAUAUAUGGACAUACGCACAUACAGACAUACAACACAAAACACAAGUGUGCACAGAAACGUACAACACAUAAGACAAUAGUAAAGUCCUUGUAGCUUUACACAGGUGAAAUCUCUAUUGCAAUGUUUAAAAACUCCAUAGUCAAAAAAUAAAACUGAUCAGAAAAACAUUAACCUAGGUCUGUAUGAGCUCAAAAAAUAAAAUAGAACUUUAUGAUGUGGAAAAAUGCAAUAAUAAAAUAGAUAUUGAAAAAAGCAUCCUGGUUAAUCACUGUCACAGAUGUAAGAAUAGCCAAGCUGGAGCUCUGGAUAUCAGCUGUUAUGGAUUUGAGUCAAAUCAUCUCCUUUUUGGUCUGUAGAAAUCACUUUGGUUAGUCUCUCUGGAAUCCAAAUUGGCUGCUGUUCUCCCUGUGGAAACACACAAACAGAACCCCGACUCCAGACAAUCACUGGGUCAGGACCUUUCCAUUGUCCUGUUAGAAUAUCUUUCUAAAGUACCUUAGGCUUAUGUACAUUUUUUGGACACAUAUGCCUUUCCGCAGCACUGAGCCCUGAUGAAUCCAAAUUUAAAAGUUUAGAGUAAAAAGGGUUAUUUUAAGUUUAUCUUUGGGGGAUAUAUACCCCUUCCCAAUUCCCUCUUUUUGCUUUAAUAAGUACAUUUUAAUAGUUUGACGAGCUCUUUCAACUAUGCUUUGUCCCUGUGGAUUGUAUGGGAUUCCUGUUAAGUAAAACAUUAACUGAUUUUUCUUCAGGGAUGAUGUUCCAAAAUAUCCUAUAUGCAUCCUUUGGAAAUUUAAAGAUCCUUUUAAAUUUAAGUCUUCCAAAAGCAUUUUGCCUUAGUUUUUAGAAUUACUUUAGUCCUUUUAAUUUUUUGAUGUGGUUUUAAACCAAAUUCCUUCUAGUUUAAUGUUUUCUAAAUUGGCUCUUGUCUGCAAAUUUUAACACCCUCAUCUGAGACUUCUAAUUUCUGCACCACCAGAAAUUAAAGUUGAUGGGCUUCUUGAAAAAAAAUACUAAUAAUCUCCUUGGUCUUCUAUUUUAUCCAGUAUUUGACUUUAAACUUCUCUCUUCUACCUUUUUCUGUCUUGAAUAUCAGUAUCUAAUAGUUGUCUUAGCUUUUUGCAUUUUUUAUCUGAAAUACCUUUAUUUGACAUUUUUAACCAUUUUUUAUCUUGUUUCUAUCUUCUAGUUUUCUUUUAAGGUUUUUACAUUCACCCUUAGUUGCUUUUUUUCCUCCUAGUUUUUUUUGUUUGUUUCCUAUUUUGUGGGUCUAAAAUUCUUGUCUUCCUACAUCUUUUUUAUCUUCCUACAUCUUCUCUUUUUUUUCACCUUUCUGUACUUCUGUCUUCAAAGUUUUUCACUUCAAAUUUCUAAUAUUCUUUCUUCAAAUUGCUUUUAUCCUAUUAUCUUCCCAUUUUCAUGUUUUUUUUUAAGUAAUGCUUUUAGGAUUAACUAGGCUUUGAAUGACACAAUCUUUCCUCCGUCAUGAAGGCAUCUUAACCACCUUCAAUUUAACCUUUUAAAGCCUUUUGUAACUUACUUAGACAUUUUACAACUUUUUACUUUACCACACAAAGAUUAUCUCAUCUAGAAACAUUUCUUUUUCUUUUAACCUUCCAUAUUAAAAUAUAUUUCCACAUCUUGAAUCUUUUAAUAUCUCUUUUCUAGCCAUUAACCCUUUUUAUAAAUUCACAUU